UUCUGUUUGGUCCGUGUCUUUUGCGUUAGUGUAUAGGUUUUACUGAUUAAAGUAUCGCUAUUAUCCUAAAAGAUAUCGGCUUGGUAAGAACCAGGAGAUGGCUUCCUGACUAUAAUGUGUCCACUACUUAUUAACUCAGUAACAAUAUCGCUGAAGGCAUCGUAACAGAUAGGCCUAACGGUACCCGUACCAUUUUGUGUGUUGUCAGAGAAAUUCAGAAUCAGUAGGCUAUUCUAUACGUUCCCUGUUACGAUAGCCUGUAAAACGAUUUUUGUUAAGAUGAAACCGCGCUUUAAAACUACAAUAGGGAGCAAAAGAGACCGUGAAACCAUGGCUGCCCAGCGUUCAUCGACGUUGUCCGUGAGCAGUGAGAUUUCCAUGUCUUUCCAGGAUGAACUGGCUUCCACAAUACACGGCGCUUUUGAAGUGGCCGUGGAGAUAGCUGUGCGAGAGGUCACUAAACUAGUGGGUCAAGCCUUGGGGGAUGUUCGCGAUCAAAUGCACGAAGCGCUGCGAGAGAACAAGUCUCUGAAAUUGCGUCUGGAAUCAGCCGAAAAAGAAUUGGACUCAUCGCGUUUGUGCGCAGCAGGAGAUGGUGAAGUCCAGUUAUCUGUCAGUCAUUCGGUUCAACCAGAUAGCCCGCACUGUAACGAUAGGCUUAAAACUGAAAAACGCGACAAAGAUGUUGAGGAUCAAGCUAAGACCUCUCUAAAUGUCUCUGUGAAGAAAACGUGUGAUUAUUUAAUUGUUGAGGCCGAGGCUAGUUGUGAACGCCUCGAUGGUACUUUCAGUGAGAUUUGUGAGGACGGCAGAGUGUGCUCACAAACCUUGAACCCGACACAAUCAGAGGACUUGGUCCCUACAUCAAGCAUGGGAAAAGAUGUCAAGCAAACUUCAUCGGCCCCUUGCUUACAGAAUGAGAGGAGGGUAGAUCACAAUGAUAUAUCUGAUCCACAAGAGGAGGCUGCCCCCUCAUAUGAGCCCACAGUGGAAGUUCAGGUGAAGGAGGAGAAACCAGAUUUGGGCCGUGCUUCUGGCUCUAUCUCGGAGUCUGACUCCCAGCUAGGUUUUGACGAUGUGGGUGAAGGUCCAAAUGGCUUCACGUUGGCCCAGUCUAAGAUGUUGGAGGACUGGAGACCAGACCCCCUGGACCUGCCUGGGUGCGAUGCUAGUGCACUCAGCCAAGACGGCAGCCAUGCCCUGGCAGCCCACCCUAUGGCAGUGACAAUGCUGGCCGCAGAGAUGAGUUCGUCGGGGGGCAGUCUGCCUGUGUUCCCCCCUCCUCUCCCCAGCUUGUACCAGCCCAAUGACGCUGCUCCCCUGCCCCACCCAGACCCCCAGAACUACAGCGUCCCCGUCAGGCCCAACCUUCCCGUUCUACCCCCUUCCUACAAGCAGCACGUGUGCAAGAUCUGUGGCCGGCCUUUCCAGCGCCCCAGCGACCUGCGCCGGCACCAGAGCCAGCACCACCGCUCCAAACCGGCCAACAGCACCGCGCCGCGGUCCGGCGGCCGCCCGGCGAAGCAGCAGAAGUUCCCGCCGGGCCACAGCCCGUUCCACUGCAGCGACUGCGGCCGGGACUUCAACCGCAUGGAGAACCUGAAGACGCAUCUGCGCAUCCACACGGGCGAGCGGCCCUACACGUGCUCGGCGUGCGGCGUGCGCUUCCGCCACUCGGGGGCGCUCACGCGCCACUUCCGCAUCCACACGGGCGAGAAGCCCUAUGUGUGCAGCCAGUGUGGCAUGUCCUUCAGGAACAGCGGCGGGCUGCGCUUUCACCAGAGGUUGCACAACCGACAGACACAGGCUGUGAUGGGACAGGCCGUGGGAAUUUUAGGUGAACAUCAGCUCUAGGCCUUCAGUAACUUGGCCACAGGUGAUCAGUGUAUUGAGUUGGAGUGAGUAGUGAACUGCUUCACAGUGAAGUAGAGAAGAACAGAUGUGUGAGUUUUUGACCCAAGGUUUAGACAGAUACUGUCCAGAUCCUGGUAGGUGACCAAACUUAUACAAAGUUAAAACGGGUGGAUGGUGCCAUCUGCAUUCAGAAAGUCCAAACAAUUGUGGUUUAUUUAAAAAAAAAAAAAUGAAGUGUAUGAUUUUAUUUCUUCUUCCAAACAAGCCUUUGGUGAGAUCCUGUAACUUUUAAAGAGCUCUCAAAGGGAGAAAAUUGCUCUCUUUGAAAGGUUCUUCUCAGGAACUAUAAUAAGGAGUCCAGAAGGGUCUUAGAUUGCCACCAUUAGAAUGAUGAGUAACCAAGUGCACUGAGAGAAAAAGAUGGUGGGAGAUGUAAGCUAGGCAGGGAAAAGUCAUGUCACGCUAGUCAAUGCUUGUCAUGCCUAGCAGUAUGCACACUAAUAAAAACAGUAUAUGAACAAGUCUCUUAUAUCCAUGCAGUGGAUACAUGCAGAGUUGGGGGGGGGGUGAACAACACAUUUUUUGUAAUCUUUUUUUGCUCACACUGAAAUAAAUACAAACAGCAGACCUCUACAUUUUGAAUGGUGCUUAAAAACCAUACGUAGGCUUAUCACAGAUGUGCCUGUCAGCUAACCUUGAAUAUUGCUAAGUGGCGUAUCUAAGCCAUCAGCCCUCUGCAGUGAACUGAGCUAGUGCAGAAAGACAUGAACUCAUGUAAUGAAACUAUAGGAAAUGUAUUUGGACAGAAAAUCCUCAAUAUCUUUGACCCUUGAACUUGCUUGAACAUGAUGGUUACUAACUGAAUGUUGUCGCUUAAAAAUACUCAAUAUAUGACAAUUUUACCAGUUUUACCAGUAAAUCCCUAAAUGACUUGAGGCUACAUAUAAGCAGAUGGUAGAGGAGGAAGAGGUUGUGCUUAACUUGGCCAUGGUGGAGUCACUGAAGAGGGGGAAGAAUGGCCUUUUGUCACAAUAAAUCCCACGAGACACAAGAGCCGCCAGAACCCUUUUCACUCUGAAUGUCUUGAUCAGGAGACCUGGGGAGUAUUUCACAAAGCAGUGGAAGCGGUAAGACUUCACACCUCUUCUUCCUGCCAAGUCUCGACCCCCAGAGCACAUGAGUUUUACUCGCAAAUAUCCGAAUUACUCUCGCUCUCAGAACACUAGGUGGCUCUUACCUCCAUGUUCACUGAGGUUUGCGCUGAGAUGGCCUUGCAUCAUACAGCAAAAUCCCCAGGGUCUUUGGUUGGGAGUCAAGUUUUUAUUUAUUUUUUUUUAUUUUUUUUGGUAAAUGAUCUAAACUUCAGGUUGAAUUUUGUGACAUGCUAACUGUGCUACUAUUGUUUUUGUAUUCCCUUGAAACACAAUAAUAACUGGGAUUUUCCGAACAUUAGGAAUAUAAUAAAGUCUUAACCUGACUGCCA